AUGCUCGUCUCAUCCCGCAGGCUCAGCUGUUCCAUCCUCCUCCCCCUUCUCCUCAUCCUCCUCGCUUGUCCCUGGCCGGUGGAGCCUUCCAGGAGCUGUCUGAUCACCCUGCUCGACCCCUUGCCCUCUGGCCAGACUGCCUACACAAUCGGGGAGGACAUGAACUUAACUAUGCCGGCGAUUCAGCUGCAGGCGGUUGGAGUGCAGGAGGAGGAGGAGAUUGAGAUCGCAUUCAACGUCUCUGUUGGUGCUAACGCUAGCACAUCCAUCAACUUGUUCUUGCCUACGGUGCAGCAAGGGAUCCUUCCGAUCCGGCAACACAUCGACCAGGUUCAAGUAGCGGACGAGGUCAUGCUCAACUUCGAGCCUCUCUUCUGGUUCGAACAGAGUCAGCCCCUGCCCCCUCGGUUCUCAGGUGGCUCAGACAACGGGCAAGCAGCAGUCCGCAUCGUCGGGACUCUCAAAGCUCUGAGCGAUAUGCUUCUGCAGCAGCAGUGGUCCUUCCGGUCCUCCACUCCUAACGAGCUCCUUGUCCACGUGUCUGUCGCCAGCGGUCUCUGCGAGCAGAGCAUCCCCGUCUCGAGCAGGGUCGCGCUAACGGACAACCCGCCCACGAUCUCUCACUUCAUCAAGGACGAGCGAUCGACUUACGACACGGACAAGUUUCAGUGGCAGGGCUCGUUCUCGCACCUGUACAACGGAGAGGAGGUUUCACUGCCCUUCGAGUGGGUCCCUCCCCCCUGCGACUCAGUGCAGUCGGAGAUGGCCUGGACCCCCUGUGCUCUGUUUGUGAGGCCCGAUGCUCCCGCGGUGUACUCGGACGCGUCUGCAGCUGUUGGAGGAAAAAUUACCAAGAGCUUCAGGUUUCAGGUGGAGACGUCGAGAUGCUCGGAGCAGCAGCAGACACUCAAGGUCACUGUCAGCGUUCAGAACGCAAACGCAAGCAGGAUGAACUUCCCUGCGGCCCGAGGAGAAGCUUUCUUCCCGGACUGGUUUGAAUGUCGCUACGCUCCCGCGCAGUGUCAGGCCUUGAACCCAACGGUCCGGGUUGGGGCCGUCCAGUCUCUUACCUUCUGGCCAGACUACAGUCACAACAAGGAGGAGGCGGACGUGGAGAGCUAUAGGAUUCUCUUCACUGGGAGCUGGGAGGAUGUCAACGUAGCCCUGUCAAAUGUGACCCUCCAAGCUCCUCCCCACCUGCUGGGCAGCAACAUCCUCCGCAUCACGGUCGAGGAGUAUCCUCUAGCGCACGAGUUCGUGAGGUCCGAGGAUGAGAUGUGGAGGUUCGACAGCAUGUACCAGAGCGGCUCCUGGUCGCUGCAGGAGGCCAAGGAUCGGUGCCAUAGGGACCCCAACUGUUUCGGCUUCCAGCAGCUCGAGCCCAGCGCCCUUUCGGUCGCCAUGCUGCAGAAGACCGUUCCUCUCAUAGGACGGCAGCCCGUCGUUCUCCCCUUCCCAACCAUCUUUCUCUUCUCCGCUCCCCCCGUCAUCGACCCUGUCCGUCCCUACGUGACCAACUCGGUAGCAUACAGGAAGCAGCCCACGAGCUCGCUCUGCUACGUCAGCGGAGCGCCUCCUGCUGCCCAGCAGAUGGUCGACCUGCGUCUUGUCAGGAGGAUCGAUGCGAGGCCCUUCCUCUACGUCCCCCUCCCGCAGCGGCAGGUCCAGGUCGGCUCCUCCUUCCUCCUUACUGGCGUUGAGUUCUUCGACGACGAUUUCCUUGCCUUCAACCAAACUCAAGAAACCAACGCCUCCCGUUCCAGCCACGUCACGGUCACCUACAAUAUCACUCGAGGUUCUUUCACCCUCCUCGACCGACCAGACGCUCUCGUGCUGCCGCUGGGAGAUGGCAAGCAGGACAAUCCUCUCGUCCUCCACGGCCCUUCCAUGCUCGUCCAGCAGGCAAUGCGAGCCGUCCAGGUCAACAUCGCAAGCUCGACGCCUUGCGGAGCCUCCUCCUGCUCAGAGCAUGACGGCAUCGCUGUCACGGUCGAUGACCUCGGGUACACGGGGGAGCUCGGGGCCAGGACGUACGUGCAGAAAGUGUCGCUCGACCUGCGAGUUGGGCCGUUCAACUCUGCUCCUCGCCUGCUCUACCCAGGCCCCAAGUGGAUGGAGCUGGUCGCUGGAGGAGGAGGAAGAUACCUCUCCGGCAUCUCCAUUGAGGAUAUUGAUGUCAACUGGCCAAGAUGGGACAAGUUGACCAACGAAGGGACGAUUCAAGUGAACAUCUCCUUGUUACAAGACAGCAAUGACGAUCAAAUCACCUUCAGCAUCGUCAACCUCCCUCCCUCCCUCCCCUUCCUGGGCUCUCCCAGCAACAGCACCUACGUCUCGCUCCUCGGCCUCUUCUCGCAAGUCUCCUCCGCCCUCUCCUCCCUCUGGCUUCAGCCGCCAGCCGCCAGCAGGGGAACGAGGACGGCGAAACUUCUCGUCACCGUCUCUGACCUUGGCAACACGGGAUACUCCGACGACAGCGGCAGCUCACCUGCGGGAACAGACUCGAUCGCCUUCGACCUCUUCCUCCUCACCAACGCCUCCUCCUCCCCUUCCUCCCUUCAGACCCCCAGCAAGGAUGUGUUCGUGUCCUCCUCCUCAGGGGCGGAUCACCUUGGCUGCGGCAGUCAGAAGGACCCUUGCAAGAGCUUGCAGCAUUCAAUAGACAUCAGCACCAGCGGCUCUACUAUCCUCGUCCUCCCCGGCGUCUACUCAGGACGCAACAACACGCGGCUGGACCUGCGCGACAAACAGCUGCUGGUCCGAUCGCUCCUCCCCUCCGCGCACACGGAGAUCUGCGACCCCAAGGCUCCUGUCAUCGACUGCGAGGGCGGAGGACCCGCAGUCCUCCUCCGCAAGCACCUUGAGAGCAGGAUACGGGACUCGUGCGACGAGAGUUUCGGGGAUCGGAAGAAAUGGAACACUUUCGAUCCGUCUGCCUCCUCUACCUCCUCCUCCUCAGCGUCUUCAUGCUCUCCUUCGGUCUCCGAGCUGAGAGGACUGACGUUCCUCAACUGCUCAUCAGAGUACGGCGGAGCCCUGGUGGUCAAGCAGCCGGUGCUCGUCACCUCCUGCUGCUUUCAAGUCUGUCGGUCGCUCUACGCGGGAGGAGCCGUCAUGCUGGACGCUAACGGAAGCUCAUUGUUCGCCGACUGUCUCUUUCUCGAUAGCUACUCGGCCAACGGAGGGGCAGCAGCGCUGAGAAAAGGAACAGCUACCUUUCAAGAUUGUGAGCCUCAUCCUACCCUCCUGCCCCUGCUCGUGCUCGUGCUCGUGCUCGUGCUCGUGCUCGUGCUCGUGCUCGUGCUCGUGCUCGUGCUCGUGCUCGUGCUUGUGCUCCUGCUCCUGCUCCUUUCCUCCUCUCCUAUCCUCAUCACCUUUCAGCUAGGAGGCGCCAUCUUCGUCGGGGAGGGAGAAGCCGCGCUGACAGCGAGUCGUCUGGAGGCGAACAAGGCAGGAGGGUACGCGGGGGCCAUUUACACGCAGAGAGGAAGAGUGACCAAGAUAGAGACGACAGAGGAGGGAAACUCAUCUCCUCUCCCUCCUGCUCGUGGAAACGGAUUCGUAUGA